CAAAACCAUGAAGUCUUGGAUCCGCCUCAGCAGUCUAUUAUUUAUAUUAAUAGCCGUCUUAAGCAUUAAAGCGGAAGAUGUUACAAUUUUGAAAUAUUUUCAAAAUCCUCAACCACAAAUCACCUUAAAACCAAGAUUGACAACGCAAGACCGUAUUAAGGGUCAUGGCUAUCCUGCUGAAACUCAUCGCACUGUCACUGAAGAUGGCUAUAUUAUCACCAUGUUUCGCAUUCCCUAUUCACAUAAACUGCAAAAUUCUCAUAAAUAUCGUCCCAUAGUGUUAAUACAACAUGGUUUAUUUAGUUGUUCAGAUGCUUGGAUGUUUAAUGGACCGAACGAUGGCAUUGCUUUCCUUUUAGCCGAUGCUGGUUUUGAUGUUUGGCUGGGCAAUGCCCGAGGCAAUACUUAUUCACGUAAUCACACCUCACGUUCGGUAAAUCAUCCCUAUUUCUGGCGUUUCAGUUGGCAUGAAAUAGGCCAUUAUGAUUUGGCCUCUAUGAUUGAUUAUGCCCUGGCUACCAAUGGCCAACAACAAAAGGCCAUACAUUAUGUGGGCCAUUCUCAGGGUACUACUGCGUUUUUUGUGUUACUCUCUACUCGGCCAGAGUAUAAUGAGAAAAUUAAAACGGCUCAUAUGUUGGCGCCUGUAGCUUUUAUGAAUAACAUGGAAGACUUAUUGGUUAGGACAUUGGCUCCCUAUUUGGGUCAUACCAAUAAAUAUUCAGCCUUGUUUGAUAGUCAAGAGUUUUUGCCUUACAAUGAUUUGUUUGUAAAAUUGGGCUAUAAUGCUUGUAAUCCGGAUUCGAAAUAUCAAAAUUUAUGCAAUUCCAUUGCCUAUUUAGUUCAAGGGGCUGAGAGUAAUUCGAAUGAGACCGCUUUUAUCAUCACCGCCCAAACCCAUCCGGCUGGAGCUUCCACUAAUCAAAUUUGCCACUAUAUGCAGGAGCAGCAAUCGGCCUGCUUUUGCCAAUAUGACUAUGGACUGGUAAAUAAUAUGCAAAUGUAUGGCCAGCCUACUCCGCCCGACUAUCCCGUCCAACUUAUCAGUGCGGAACUACAUUUGUGGUAUAGUGAUAAUGAUGAGAUGGCUGCUGUGGAAGAUGUUGAACGUUUGGCCGCUUUAUUACCUAAUCGUAUAAUGCAUCAUAUGGAAGAUCCUAGCUGGAAUCAUGGUGAUUUUAAUACUCACAUGGAAGUGCGUAAAUAUCUUAAUGAACCCAUGAUAGAAAUAAUGCAAAAGUAUGAAGAAACAAAGGAAUUUGUAAAUCUCAAUGAAAGUUUAGAAUAA